UCACGUCUCCGCUCAGUGAACGCAUGCGCACCCCGCCCCGUAGCACAGUCUAGCCGUAGAAAUCAGAGAUACUCGGGAGAUCUAUGAUGUAUUUCAGAUUCACCAGCUCGCUAAAUGACUUAGCUAUGAUGUUUUGACACUGUUGUCUCAGUCCAGAAGCUGUACUCUAAGCCUUGUACACGUACGUGAUGCCCUGGAGUUGAUUACAGAGCGAUGGAUUAUGCCCUGAGAGACCAGUUGUCUGGGCUGGUGGAGGAGCUUACUACCUCUGGAGAGCCCCAGCUAAACCAGGACAAGAUGAAGGAGCUCAAGAAGCUAUGCAAAGCCUCUAACGACUACAUUGAGCAUGUCUACAACUUGCUGAUGUCUCAGCUGGCUCAGGAGCAUGCUGAGAUCCGCCUCUCUGCCUUCCACAUGGCCGCAGAGCUCUUCUCCCGUUCGCACCACUUCCGCCUGCUUCUCGUCUCCGACUUCCAGGACUUUUUGGACCUCACCGUGGAGACAGACUCCGACCAGCCGCUCCCCCCACCUAAAGAGGUAGCUCGUAAGCUGAAGACCCUGGCCAUUCAGACGAUUCAGGCCUGGCAUGCCUCAUACGGAGAGGCCUACAAGAAGCUGGCCUUGGGGUACCACUUCCUGAAACAGGUCAAGAAGGUGGACUUCAAUGAUGUCCAGGCCAGGACUCUGGCGGAGAGGAAGAGAGAGGAGGAGAAGCAGAGAAGGCUUGACAGGAUCUACAAGGAGAAGGUUGAGAAGGCCACCAUGGACAUGGAAGAGUCCUGUGAGGAGAUACAAGAGUGUCUGACUGAGAUGGACACCUGUAUGAAGCUGCUACUGCCCUCUGAGUUUGACCUCUCUGUUUGGGAGGCACCAGUCAAUCCAAACACAGAACCAGCCUCUGAAACACCAGUAUCAACCAAUCUGAGCUCAGAGUCCUCAAAGCCAGCAAAUGAGAUGACAGAAUCUACCAAUGAGAAAAGGUGUUCGGUCAAGGGGACCCAUGAUGGGACAGAAGUUUCCUCCAUAGACCUUGAUGAACAGCCUUGCUGCAGCAAAGACCUGCACGAAGAGAGGGAUGAGAAGGAGUCUAGCGACGAAGAGAGUGAAAUGGAUGAGGUUGUGGAUGAAGACGCCUUCAUACGGAACACAGGCCUCCUCUCUCACAAAUACAGUCUAGACCUCAACCUCUCCACAGAUUUGCGUCUGAAAGAGACGGAAGAGAAUGAGGCUGUGGUAACCACGGUUAAGGAUCUCCAUAAGCUGAUUAGCUCCAAACACCUGCCUGCUGUCAAGUCCUGGGUCCAGGUGUUUACCAGAGCAGGGGGUCAGGAUCAGUUGUUAAGACAGGCGUUGGACCUGAAGAAGGCUUUAGAGACUGCCAUCAGAAAACACCAGGACCUGCACAUAGACUACUGCACCAGGCACCGUAAAGUGAUGAGAGCAUCGGAUGAUGAAGAUGAGGAUUUCGAGGAGGUGCCCGAGAAGGAAGGCUUUGAACCCCACAUUCCAGAGCAUCUAAGAGAGGAGUACGGUCUUGAACCUUCCACCAGCUCCUCCAGCAGCAAGAAGCCAGCCUCAUCCCGGCCCCAGCCCCGGGCUCCUCCCCAGGACGCCCAGCCGCUCCCUAGGAGCAAGAGAAGAGCCCUGGAGGAGGAGCAGGACCCGACCUGUGCUGCUGCCACACUGAGCCUCCUCAGACAGCGCCUCCCACAGGCCUGCGUUUCAGCAGGUCCAGAGCAGCAGACAGCAGGCUCGUCCAAUGAUGCAGUCCCAGGGUCCAGCCAGGGCCAGGCUGACGUCCCUGUCGUCCCCUUCGGUCUGGACCUGUACUACUGGGGCCAGGAGCAGCCCACCGCUGGAAAGAUCAUCAAGUACUCCUCCCAGCACCAGUUCUGGGUGCCUAACGAGGUGGAGGAGGAGGUGGAGAACCCGGAGCUGAGCGCCCAGAUGAAGUCUCGCUACAUCACCUUCGCUGGGCGCUUCACCCCCGUCACACACAGCUGCAGGGCGCCCCUGUCCAACGGGGCGCGGUGUGAACGCCAGGACAGGGUCAAGUGUCCGUUCCAUGGUGUCAUCGUGCCCCGUGACGACCUAGGCCGCCCCACCUACCCCGAGGACGCCGCACGCCUAGAGAGAGAGGAGAGGAAACGGCGAGAGGAACAGCCUGAGUGGCGGGACCCUGAGCUGAUGCGUGACAUCGAGGCUGCUACCGGGGAGGACCUGGGGUCCUCUAGGAUGUACGGUAAAGGGCGGGGCAAAGGCAAGGGGAAGAAGAAGAAGAAAUACCCCAACCUGAGUGACCUCAAACAAAGCGCCAACACCUCCCGCUCACGCCUGGAGAAGAAGGUCUUCAACAAGAGUUCAAUGCGGAGAGUCACUGAAGUCAUGAACAAAAUGGACAAACGGAAACAUGAGAAAUUUUCAAACCAGUUCAACUAUGCUAUCAAUUAACUACAGCUCUUAACUACUGUAGCGACUUUUGUAUGCUCGACUUGUAUGCCAUUUUGAUGUCUAUGUAUGAGAUUUAUUUUAGAAUAAUGUUUUUUUAUAUAAUUUAAUGGUUGCCAAAUUAAAUUAUAAAUUUUUUACUUGUGAAAUUAUUUGGAAUUCGAAAAUGUUUGGCUUUGUAAUGUCCUCAGGAAUUUUUGAAGAAUAUAUUAAUGUUGAUAAUCUGAAUUUGUUGCUGUUUUUUGAAGUGUCUUUUUUUUGUACAAAAGUGUAGAAUGAACACAGGCUGUCCUCUACAUUUGACAUGUUAAAAUUGAGUGUGUAGUUUAGAACUGGUCAGCCGAUCUAUAUUUGUUAUUUAUCUCCUCUGUCCUUCCCUCUUAGUCAAAACCCUAAAGUUGAAUACUGAUGAUAUAGCUAACAAAUUUGCCUGAUGAUUGGUUGUGCAUCCACUGUGAGAACUAAACAAGGUGGGCAUGUUGCAUGUGGUUUUAUUCAAUCAUAACAUUUAGGUAUCAAGACAUUCACCCAGUUUGGACUGAUUCCCUUCGAAAUACUGUUCAUAUUGAGUAAAUAUUUAACAUUGACAGCUGAGCAAUAAAGCAUAACA